AUGGCCUCGUCUCCAGCCGCAGGCGAAACGCCCGGCUCCUCCAAGAUCCCCUUCUGGCGCAUGGUGGCGCAGCCGGACGCCGUCACGCAGGAAAUCAUCAACCACCCGUACCCCGGCGCCGGCACCGAAGAGGAUCCCUAUGUCGUGUCCUGGAUUCCGAACGACCCGCGCGACCCGAUGGCCUUCAGUGCGGUGACCAAAUGGUCGCUCACCUUCCUCGUGGCCGUGGCCACCCUCGCCGUGGCCUUGGUGUCGUCCGCGUAUUCCGGCGGUCUGGUCGAGAUCGUGCUGUACUUCCGCAUCAGCGAGGAAGUGUCGCUGCUAGGAAUCUCCCUGUUCGUGAUCGGUUUCGCCGUCGGCCCGCUGUUCUGGGCGCCCCUGUCGGAGAUCUACGGACGUCGGCCCGUCAUGGUCCUCAGCGCGAUGGGCCUGACGGCUUUUACGGCCGGCACCGCCGGCGCGCAGAACAUCCAGACCCUCAUCAUUCUGCGCUUCUUCGCCGGUAGCUUCGGAUCGGCGCCCAUGGCAGUGUCCGGGGGCGUGAUUUUCGACACCUUCCCGACGAUCAGCCGCGGGCUGGCGAGCAGUCUGUUCGCCGCAGCGCCCUUCCUAGGGCCGACGCUGGGCCCGAUCAUCGGCGGGUUCAUUGCGCAGGCCGGCGGCUGGCGCUGGGUGCAGGGGUUCCUGGCGGCGUUCUCCGGGGCGCUGUGGCUGUGUCUGGUGUUCCUGUUGCCGGAGACGUACGCACCGGUGCUCCUGCACAAGCGGGCGGCCAAACUGUCCAAGAUUACGGGCAAGGUGUACCGGAGCAAGAACCAGAUCGAGCAGGGCACGACGCCGGUGUCGAAGACGCUGGGCGUGGCGCUGUCGCGGCCCUGGGCGCUGCUGUUCCGCGAGCCGAUCGUCUUCCUGCUCUCGCUGUACAUGUCGAUCAUCUACGGCACGCUGUACAUGCUGUUCAUGGCGUAUCCGAUCGUGUUCAUGGAGGUGCGCGGCUGGACCGAAGCCAUCAGCGGCCUGGCCUUCCUGGGCAUCCUCGUCGGUAUCCUGCUGUCCGUCGCCUACUCCUUCCCCAUGUACUUCCGCUACAAGAAGAAGACCCUGUCGACCAAGGGCCGCGUGCCGCCCGAGGCUCGCCUGCCCGACAGCUUCCUGGGCGCCGUCGCCCUCCCCGUCGGGUUAUUUUGGUUUGCAUGGACCAAUUACCCCUCCGUCCACUGGAUGGCGCCCAUCGCCUCGGGCGUCCCCUUCGGCUUCGGCAUGGUCAUGGUGUUCCUGCCUGCGUUCAACUAUCUGAUCGACUCGUAUACCAUCUACGCCGCCUCGGUGUUGGCCGCCAACUCGGCCAUGCGCUCGGUUUUCGGUGCCGUCUUCCCCCUCUUCACCACCUACAUGUAUCGCAACCUGGGCAUCCACUGGGCCACCUGCAUUCCGGCCUUCCUGGCCCUGGCCUGUGUGCCCAUGCCGUUCUUGUUCUACAAGUAUGGCGCGCGGAUCCGGAAGAAGUGCCAUUAUGCGGCCGAGGCCGACGCCUUCGUGGAGCGCAUGAUGGGCGCAAUGAUGAAGCAGAAGCAGGAGGAGCCGAGGGCUGCUGCCGCUUCGGGGGAUGAUGUGCGUGAGAAGCCUGCAGAGAAUGAGCAAUAAUUUAAGAUGAUGCUACACGAGCAGUGUG